AGUCGAGGACAGAUUUUCCGGAAAGACGGUACUAACAUUGAUGGCCGCGUGCACCACAAAUUGUAGCGAAAGAAAACAAACACAAAUCAAAAAAAUAUAAAUACUCCGCACGCCGUCCAAACGCGUUCUUCUCUAAUUGAAUUAAUGCAUAAAUUUAAUUUGUAAAAUCUCUGUCAGUGUCGCGAAAUUGCACUUGAAAAAUUUGUUCAAAAAUAUAAUAAAAUCCGACAUAUGUAAUAAUAAAAUUUGGCGACACUGGUGUUUGUUGUUCGUAUGCCAAUUCUUGUUCAGUCACUUGCAGACACUGGACGCACAGCAUCGCACAGUGUGAAUUAGUUUUCACAAUUUCGCAUAAAUUUUACGUUUUCCUUUCGUUUGCGCGCGUUUAUGUCGCACAGUUUUUCGCGCUUAGCGUCGGUGACCAACGUAAACAUUCAAACUGAGCUCGUCAAAGCCACCGAUAACGCGGCGCGCGCAGCACGAGCUGCAAACGUUCACGAUAGCAGGCGACAGCGGUGACGGCGAUGACGUCGGUAGUGUUGCUGGCAGCAGCAGCUACGACAUUGCAUUGCGCAGGCAUAGCGGCACGCGGGGUUCUAUUAGUGCGGGUGGUGUGCGGGAUGGUGGCACUGCAAAGGCACGUAUACGUGAAACGCGUUUAUCGCCGGCAGCGCUGAACAGACGUGAACUGAAGAUGGCCAUGCGUAAUGGUGUUGGUGGUGGUCGCAAAGGUAGUACCGGUGGACCGCCACCAGCGCCCUCGUCGGGACUGGGCACAGCCAAUAUGCUGCGUAAAAUCCCGACAGUAUCGGCGAGCUAUGACAACGAGACGCACACCGGUUCUAGGAGUAGCGCGAUCAACUCGAGUCAACCAAAAUUCAUACGUCCGGAUAUGGUUGAUGUGCCGGCACAACAGGCCGCCGGAUCCACGUUACCAUUGGUGUUGACACGUAAAAAAGGCGAUGAGGAGGAUGUCAAUUAUAAUCCGUUCGAGCACCGGAAAGUCGAUCACCCGACCUCCGAUAUGGAGACCUUGGUGCAUCUGCUGAAGGGUUCACUCGGCUCCGGUAUACUUGCCAUGCCGAUGGCCUUCAUGAACGCUGGACUGUGGUUGGGCUUAAUCGCCACCUUUGCGGUGGGCACACUUUGCACCUACUGUGUGCAUAUACUCGUCAAAUGUGCGCACAUCCUCUGUCGGCGGCGUAAAAUACCGAUGAUGGGUUUCGCCGAUGUGGCCGAACAAGCCUUCCUCGACGGUCCGCCCGGUUUGAAUCGCUGGUCUCGUUUCAUCCGUUUCAUGGUAAAUGUCUUCCUUGUUAUCGAUUUGAUUGGCUGCUGUUGCAUUUAUCUGGUGUUCGUCGGCACAAAUGUCAAGGCGGUGUUGGAUGAAUAUAUGGAGGAACCAUUGAAUAUACGCGUAUGGAUUGUAAUUGUUACCUGCCCAUUGUUGGUUAUGUGCCUGGUGCGCAAUCUGAAGUAUCUCACACCCUUCUCGAUGAUCGCCAAUAUUUUGAUGUUUGUCGGCAUUGUGAUUACAUUCUAUUAUGUAUUCGAUGAUUUGCCUGCACCAUCGGAACGCGAUGGCAUCGUGAAUGUCGUGCAAUGGCCACUCUUCUUCGGCACUGUAAUCUUCGCGUUGGAAGGUAUUGGUGUAGUUAUGUCGUUGGAGAACGACAUGAAGAACCCUACACAUUUCAUUGGUUGCCCAUCGGUGUUGAAUUUCGGUAUGGGUGUUGUGAUUUCGCUCUACACUUUGGUUGGUUUCUUUGGUUACUUGAAGUAUGGCUCAAAGACCCAAGGCAGCAUUACGUUGAAUUUGCCGGCUGAAGACAAAUUGGCUCAGUCUGUCAAGCUUAUGAUUGCUAUUGCGAUCUUCUUCACAUUUACGCUGCAGUUCUAUGUGCCGGUGAGCAUCAUUUGGAAGGGUAUUUCACACAAAAUCUCCGAAGAGCGCAAAAAUAUUAGCGAAUAUGCACUGCGUAUUGCUUUGGUGGUUCUUUGCGGCGCCAUUGCCGUUGCGUUACCCAAUUUGGGUCCCUUCAUCUCACUCAUCGGUGCUGUGUGCCUGAGUACACUCGGCAUGAUCAUACCAUCGGCCAUCGAAUUGGCUGUAUACCAUGAGGAUCCCGGCUAUGGCCGUUUCAAGUGGCGUCUAUGGAAGGAUAUCGGUCUGAUUAUCUUCGGCAUAGUAGGCUUCGUAACGGGCUUAUACGUAAGCAUACUCGAGUUCCAUGCCGAAUUCAGCGGUAGCCAUAUUGGUGAAAAUGCCUCAUAAUUGAAGCAUUCAUGACCUGCAGUAUCACAAAAUAACAAAAACAAAAAUACGAAAAAAAUAUAAAUUUAAUUAUGCAAGAUAAUAAUAAUCUAAUAUACAUAUAUAUAUAUAUACAUAAAUACGUAUGCAUAUAGUGUUAGUGAUGUAGUUUAGUAGAAAGCGUAAAACAAACAAAAAAAAAAUACAAUAACAACAAUAAAUGCAGCUUUAUGUCGAUGCGCGCGCGUAUUUUGCAUAUCGAACAGUAAUUUUAACCAAACCAAACCAAAACAAAUGAACAGUUAACACAAUUCGUAGAACUACUUGUAAUUAGUAAGCAAAUACGCAUACAUAUAUAUAUAUAUAGAGUAAAGCGUUAAUUUUAACUAUCAUAUUCGAGAAUUGAGAAACAAAACAAAAAUCUUAAAGAAAUCACCGUUUUAUGAACAAAUUGCCGUUGAACUUUACAUACAGCGUGUAUCUGCGCUGGGCUACACAGUUGAUUUAGUAAUGUAAGAUUUUUAUUUAGUUUGUAAAUGGAAAGCAAAAGCAAAAACAAAAACAAAAACAAUGUAAUGUAUGUAUGUUAAAUUUUCAUUUCGUUUGCGCACCACAAGCUUGUGGCAAGCGCAAAAGCGGUAAGCAAAGUAGUAAUAAUGUAGUAUUUUUUUUUGUUCCUUCGCCGGCUGCGUCCGUACGCGUCCAGCUGGCGAACUCCAAUUGGUCUGUGAAGUUUUCUCUUUUGCAAAGAAACAAAGAUUUUAUUAUUAAUGCAAGUUUAUGCUAAUUUCUAAUUUACUAACAAUGCAAAUGAAGUAUUCACUCUAUGUGGUUUACGUGGCUGUUAACGCGAUUGUUGAGCAAAUGGUUUGCGCAAACAUUUAGUGAAAAAGUAAAAAUAUAUAUAUACAUAUAAUUAAAUGCUUUAAUUUUAACGGUAAACAAGAUAUUUGUAAACAAAUUGUGACAUUGCAGUGAUUUAACAAUAAUUUAAAAAUAAUAAUCUUUUUUUUAUUACUUUCUUAUUUCAAAUUAAACACUUUCUGUAAUUUUUAUUUAAUUUUUUUGUUCAAUAUUUUUUAAUUUUAAUUAAAAAUUUUUUUUUUAGUCUUAAUCCGAACUAAAAACCCUUUCUUUAAGUAUUAAUUAAUUAAAAUUUUUUUGAUUUGUAAAUUUUUCAAAAGUCUUUUUUCUAAAUUUUAUUUAUUUAAUUAAAUAUUUAUAAAUUUAAUUAUAUUUUUUUUUAAAUUAUAUUUAAAGUUUAAUUAUUAAUUCUUAAAUUUUAUUAUUUUUUGUUUUAACUUCAAAAAUUUUACUUUGAUUGUCAAGAAAGCAAUUUAAAUUUGUAAAAAUUUUUUAAAUUUCUUCAUUCAUCAUCAAUAUAUAUAUUUUUUUUUAAUUAAAAUUUUGUUUGUAUUCUUUUUCGUAAGUUGUCAUUUUGUUAAUUAAAAUUUUGUUUUAAAUGUUGCUAGUUUUUUUAUUGCUGUUUUGCUUUAAAUAUUUCCAAUGUUUUGAAGCAUAAGUUAUGAUACGCAAUUUGUUUUUUUAUUUAAAAACAAUUUCCUGUACUUUUUUCAUAAUUUAAAAUUUUUUAAUUACCUUUUUUUCUUACUUUUUAAACCUUGAAAUUUUUUAAACUAAAAUUUGUAUACUUUUUCCUAUUGUAAUUAUUCUUUGCAACUUAAACACUUUUUUUUAACAAAGGAAAUUUUUUUUUAAUUUUUAAUUGCAAUUUUAAAAACUUUUGCUUUAAAUCUCAAUAAAAGAAUUUAAAUAUUUAUGCUACGUCACGUGACUCCGCUGAGCGCACGUGAUGACAUGACAAAUUUACUAACUAAUUAAAGAAAACAAGCAGAACAAGAAGAAGAUAGUAACUACUACCAAAUCUUAUUUGUUGCAAAUGUUCCUAACACUUACACAAUUGUGUUGUUAUUAUUAUUUUUAUUUUUAAAUAAGUUAAUUUAAAGUAAUCAUAUGAAAGAAAUCACACACACACACACAUUCACCCAACUUUGGCUAAAAGCAAUUCAUCAACAAAAAAUCAUCAAAAAACGUAAAAGACCUAAAUUUUCAAAACUCAUUAUGAAAAACAAAAAAAACAUUUUGCACCGCAAUAAUUCAUUGGCAAGCAAUUUUGUGCUCAUUAUUAUACUUCGUAUAUACAUAAGUAUAUAUAUAUACAUAAAUUGUAUCAUACACACUAACACAUACAUUGUACGUACAACGGCAAACAGUUUUUAGAAAAAAAUUUACAACAACAAAAUAAUAAAAAUAAUAAACCCGAAAUGCGCGUGAUAUGCUUUUUUGUAUCACCUCGUCAUUUCUGCGAAGCUGUGCUAUAUAUACAUACAUAUUUUUUAAGAAGUAAAGUCAACAAAUACACAAUUUCACAUAACGGAAAUUUAAUGCAAGCAAUAUACCCAUAUGAAUUAUAUAAAACUAUUUGCAAACAGUUCUUAUUGCUAAAGUCAGCAUUCAUACAUAUAUAUAGAUUUAUUGUUUUGUUUCUUGCCCAAAUAACAUUUUUAUCAAGCGAUUUUAUUUAUAUGAGGUAAACAUUAUUGUAAAAAAAAACAACAACUAUCUUUGUAAAAAUUUCUACUUUUACUUAUAUUCGUUUUAUGUUCUGAUUUUAAUUUUGCAACAAAUAUAAUUUUAAAUAAAUUAAGUUUAAGAAAAAAGUUUAAAA